UCUGUCCUUCCUUUAGUGGCGCAGAUUGGGUUUUGAUAUUGUUCUUGCGAUCUUUUCAACCUUGCUAUUUUUGAAGUACUACUCUAUUCAGUUCGAGGACCUGCUUUUGUCUUUAUCUUUGUAACAAUUUUAUUUUAUUCCAAUUUUUUGUUAUAUCCAGUUUUGGGUGGAGGAGAAAGGCAGGCAGAGAGAGAGAGUCCCAAGUCCUGUUCGGAAAUACUAGAUGGUCCGUUGAGAAUGAAGGUCAUCAAAGCUCUUUACGACUACCAACCAGAUCCCGGGAACACGCAGGAAUUGGCCUUCAGCAAGGGAGACUUUUUUCACGUUAUCAGCAGGGAGGACGACUUGGAUUGGUACGAAGCCUGCAAUCCCCUCAUCCCUACUGCGAGGGGGCUGGUACCCGUGUCGUUCUUCGAGGUCAUUGGCAAGAACGAAAGAGACAGCGCCGGCUCCGCCGAACUUCAUAAGAAGAAGGAAUCCCACGACUCCGGUUUCUCCGAUCGUGCCCCUGCCGCUUUCCCCGAUUUCUCCAACGGUUCGCCCAAACACAACCCGCCUCCCGUCGCCUUUCCCAGAAUGUCGACCUUGGGCAAGGGCUCAAGUCCCAUGGUCUACGGCGUCGUCCAGUAUGACUUCCAGGCCGAGCGCCCGGACGAAUUAGAUGCCAAAGCCGGCGAGGCCAUCAUCGUCAUCGCCCAGUCUAACCCGGAAUGGUUUGUCGCGAAGCCCAUUGGUCGCCUGGGCGGUCCCGGUCUCAUCCCCGUUUCCUUCAUCGAGCUGAAAGACAUGCAGUCGGGUCAAACCGUGACCGAUCCCCUGGAGGCCGUGCGACGCGCCGGGGUACCCAAGGUGGAGGAAUGGAAGAAGAUGACCGCUGAGUACAAGAACAGCAGCAUCACCCUGGGCAAGAUCGACUCGACGGCUGCAGCAGCGGCAGCAUCGUCGAAUAAUGUGCAAUCCGUGACUUCCAGCAUGGACAAGAUGUCUAUGAGUCACCAGAGCGUGGCUCAUUUGAGCCAGAACGGCAAUUCCUAUGGCUACCACCAUCGCAAUGCCAGCAAGGGUUCUCUCGCACAACACAUGUCGCACCAGUCGAUGCAUAGUUAUCAUCAGCCCUUGGUGGCCCCCGUCGCGGCGUCGAUUCCUCGCUACUGCUUCGAUAACGAUAAAUACUGGUACAUCAUCGAGGCCAAGAUGGAAGACGGUCGCUGCUGGGAACUCUCUCGAUACUACCAUGACUUUUAUGACUUUCAAAUCGCCCUCCUCACCCAGUUUGAAGAAGAGGCGGGGAACCGCGGCAAGCCACGAACCUUACCUUUCAUGCCUGGCCCGGUCACGCACGUUACCGAUGCCAUCUCCAACGGUCGCCGCCAGAACCUGGACGAGUACAUCAAAAAACUUCUGGCUAUGCCACCCCACAUCUCCCGCUGCCAGCUUGUCCGAGACCUGUUCGCACCUCGCCCGGGCGAUUUCGAGAUUGACCCGAGCGCGUUCGGCGAGGAUGUGCGGUUCUCCGGGGGAUCGCACCAUUCCUCUGGACAUGAAAUCCCGCGCAGCGCAUCUCGCCAGUCCUCGCAGGCCCAGAUGAAUCCCCCUCAUGACCGCAGCUCGCAUCAGCGCGCCCAACCGUCAGUCUCGCACAGCAACGGUGUGCCUCCGCCCAUGAACCGGCAGCCCAGCUCUCUGACACAGGUCUCGACCACCUCCAGCAGUGGCGCUUUGAAAAUCAAGGUGUCCUUCCAAGGCGAUCUCAUCGCGAUUCGCGUCCCGAGCGACAUCAGUUUCCAGCAAUUGCGGGAGAAGCUGAUGGAUCGCCUGAAGAUCAACGGCAAAAUUGCGGUGCAAUACAAGGAUGAGCCGUCAGGCACGUGCGUCGACCUGGUCGGCGACAGUGAUCUCGACACGGCUAUCCAACGCAAUUCCAAACUUACGCUCCUCGUGGAGCUCGUAUGAAGGAGUUCCUUCUCCGCAUCUACAUAGAAUCAUGAUUCCCAUGGGCAUAUUGCGAUAGAUUUCUUGUCUUUUUGUUGAUCGUCUUCCCUGACAUUUCUCUUUUGUUUCUUUUUUCUUCCUUUCGAUCUCCCCCAGCUCUCCU